AUGCAGCAACUCGAAAGAGCAAAAUCAGACGAAGUUACUCCUUUGUUACCUUGUAAAGAAACAGUUACAACACAGAAAGAAAAAUCUUCGUUUAAAGCAGUAUUUAAUAUCUUACUAAACGAGUUUUGCCAGAGGUUUUCUUAUUUCAGUUUACAAAGUACUCUUAUUUUAUAUUUGACACAAGAACUCUUAUAUAAGGAUGACAUCGCGACGAUUAUAUUUCACACUUACCUAAUGGUAUGCUUUUUUACACCAUUAUUUGGCGGAUUAAUAUCUGACUUAUUGUUGGGAACAUUCAAAACAAUACUCUACUUGUCCCUGAUUUACAUUGGAGGAAAUAUAUUAAUUACCAUAGCUUCUAUUCCAAAUUUUAUACCUAUGCGUGUGAAUAGAGACAAUGAAGAUUAA